AUGGCGGAUUAUUUUGUCGAAGACCCGAAGUACAAUGAAGAUAUUUUUCGGCAUAGGUUCCGUAUGUCGAAACGUUUGUUUCUAAAAAUUGUGUCCGACGUGGAAGAGAACGACUUGGGGUUUCAAGAGGCCCUCGAUGAGCGAGGUAGGAAGGGUUUUACGCCGUUGCAAAAGGUGACAUCGGCUAUUAAACAACUCGCAACUGGUAACACUCCAGACGAGAACGACGAGUACUUGCAUAUGGCCGAAAGAACUUCCCGCGAGUGCCUAGAAUAUUUUUGCGACACGGUUUGCAAAAUAUACGCUCCCGAGUUCUUACGUAGACCGACAAGCCACGACAUGGCACUUUUAUACGAAGCUCAUGAGGAAAAACAUCACCUUCCAGAUGGAAUCUACCCUCCGUGGUCCGUGUUUGUGAAGUCGAUCCCUUACCCUCACGAAGUAGAGCAAAAGAAAUUCAAGAGGCAACAUGAGGCGGCAAGAAAAGACGUCGAACGUGCUUUUGGUGUUUUGAAGUCGAAAUGGGGUGUAUUGAGUCGACCGAUGCGAGCAAGAUCCGUUAGAAAAAUUAGGAGUGUUGUGUACACGUGUAUUAUUUUAUACAACAUGAUUUUGAAAGAUGACAGAAAGGCGAUAGCACCGGUGCACAUUCGGGAUCCUCCGGUCGAGCCCGCUCUAGACGAUACGGUGUUGGGCGAGUUGAUGGAUGAAGACACACAUUGGAGACUAAAACACGAUCUCAUAAAUCAUCUCGCAAGUCAAGAUUUACCCCACCUUUUGGUCGAUUCCGACGAAGACUAG